AUGUCCCUACUACAAUCGCUUGUGCAAGUUGUAAAGAGUUGGGCCAUGUCAAACUGGAAAAAAAUGACUGGAUCAGAAGGAGGCUUUGAUAACAGCAUUUAUAGACAUAUCAAGCCAAGUUCGACAGAUAUUGUCUCGCUCUCAACUGUCUUCUCUCAAAAUUUCUGGUACACCACAACUCUUUUAAUAAUUGGCAAAGAAGCUACAAGUACAUGGCCACUACCAGACGACACAGUAGAUUCCUGGAAAAGUUCAGUGAACAUAAUGAUAUCAAAUACGCGGCAGAGUCGGCAAAAAAUAUAUAGCCAGUAUUUAUUGCCUGCUUGUACCGAAGCUGUUACAGUAUAUACUAAGCACAUUGUCGAAUUAUUCCAGCAACAGUUAAUUUCAUUUAUACUCCUGAAGUUUUCAAAACUAAUCCCUAACGUGCGUAAGAUAAUGAGCCGAGAAGAACAUCGUCGGGCAAUUUUGCUACCAGAAAGUAUGUGGCCUCCCUUACAACUAGGCAAGCCUGAAAACCCUAGUUUCAGAUGA